UUGGUGUACACCUCUCAGUGUGAACUGAUCCCCGACCCAAACACAGCCCAGUUCUGGGUCCUGUUCCUCCAAGCCAGCUGGUCUGGCUUUAUAGAAUCUCCUUUCUCUUCUUCUUCUCCUUCUUCUUCUUCUACUUCUUCUUCUGCUGCUUCCCUUUUUCACCUUUUCUUGAUUAACAACCAAAGGAUUGACUAAGCCAACCCCCCGCAGCUGGAGCUGAAGGGGUGAUCUUCCAGGUGAAGAGUUAAACAGCACUGGUGCUUGAGAAACCCUCCCGAGAGCCGGGUGCUCCAGGAUCAUCGAGAAGAAACUGAAAACCGCUGGACGAGCCAUCUUGACGAUGCCGCUGAACGGUUGACCGCUGGACGCCUGCGCUUCUUCCCCCGUCUCCCCUCUAGGUGCGACCGGCCGGAGCCCGAGAGCAGCUGGGUGUUCCUGAGGAACCAGCCAGAGAGAGAGAGAGAGAGAGAGAGAGAGAGACUCAAACUCUGAACCCGGAUAAUGAGCAGACAAGAAGACAGAACCGAAUUGAGUUGGGUUUGAUGACAAGGAUCUGAAGAAUUGAUUGAUUGAAGAGUUGGAACUCAAGAAUUGUGACGUGAUAGAAGAGUGAAUAAGAGUAUUCCGAAAGGAUCUGGAUGUGAAUAAGAAGAAAAACUUCUAAGAGAUAAGACACGACAAGAAAACGCAAAGAUGGGGAGAAAGAAGAUUCAGAUAGCACGGAUCAUGGAUGAACGCAACCGACAGGUGACGUUCACCAAACGCAAGUUCGGCCUGAUGAAGAAGGCGUACGAGCUGAGCGUGCUGUGCGACUGCGAGAUCGCCCUGAUCAUCUUCAACAGCACCAACAAGCUGUUCCAGUACGCCAGCACCGACAUGGACAAGGUCCUGCUCAAAUACACAGAGUACAACGAGCCGCACGAGAGCAGGACCAACUCGGACAUAGUGGAGACACUGCGUAAGAAGGGUCUGGGCGGCUGCGACAGCCCUGACAUCGAAGCUGAUGACUCUGCGGGCCAGAGCCCAGAGUCCGACGACAAGUACCGCAAGAUAAACGAUGACAUCGACCUCAUGAUCAGCCGGCAGAGACUCUGUCAGGCCAUGCCCCAAUCUAACUACGACAUGGGUAUCUCCAUCUCAGGCAACAACCCCGGUGGACUGCUGUACACCCACCAGACUGUAGGGGGCACCCUGACAAACCAUAACCUUCUGCCCCUGUCUCACACACACCCGUCUCUACAGAGGAACAGCCUGUCCCCACAUAGACCCCCCAGCACUGGAAAUACUGGAAUGAUGGGCCAGGAGCUGUCAAACUCUGUAGUCUCAAGCAUUGGUAAUGUGGGCUAUGCUAACCACUGUGGCUCCCCUGGUCUGAUGUCCCCUGGAGGACUGACCAAAAACAUGCAGUCAAAGAGCCCUUCCCCCAUGACUGUGAACCGCAAGCCUGACCUCCGACCCCUGCUGCCCCCCGCCAACAAGAACAACAUGGCCUCCAUGAACCAGAGGAUAAACCACUCCCAGACUGGCCAGACACUGACAACACCCGCCGUCUCCAUAGCAACCCCGGGCCUCACUGGCCAGGCCAUGGGGGGUUAUCCCUCCCCACUGUCCAGCUCCUAUGGCACAGAGUACUCCCUGGGCGGGGACCUGUCGUCUCUGUCUGGGUUCGGGGGCUCGGGUCUGGGCUCGGUUACAAACUGGCAGCAGCAGCAGCUCCAGUCCCUGCAGCACUCCGCCAUGGGGCACAUGGGAACGCUGUGCCAGAACUCCAACCUGAACCUGACCUCGGCUCACCAGAACCUCCACAUCAAGUCCGAGCCGGCGUCCCCUCCUCGUGACCGCGGCGUCGGCGGGGGGAUGGCCAACCCCCGGCUGGGCGGCAACGGCCUCCUCCCCAACAACGCCGGCGCCGCCGCCGGCUACUCCGCCGCCGGCGCCGGACGGGCGCCGGGGGACUCCGGCCACUCGCCGGACGACAGCGCGUCCAGCUGCGGCAGCUCGUACGAAGGCGCCGACGACCGCGACGAACACCUCCGCGGCAACCAUGACAACGGCAACUGUAACUCCUACCUGCUGCAGCCGCUGUCCAGCCAGGAGGGCCACCACAGUCCCACGCUGAAGAGGAUCCGCCUGGCCGAGGGGUGGGCCACAUGAUGGAGCCCCGCGCUCCGUAGGGGGGCCACGGCUGACACCGCCCAGAGGAUGGAGGGGUGGGGGGGGGGGGGGGGGAGGGUCCAGGGGACCCUAGAGUUACUAUAUAGUGUUCAAUUCAUAUUCUUAUUGUACCGAGUGGAAGUGUUAUUCAGUGUGAUGGGUAGAAUGUACCGGAGAGGGAUUGAAGCGGGGGGGGGAAGGAUAGAGGAGGCCAGCGUCGUGUGCUUUUCGACGUGCGCCACACAGGGAUAAGACCGAAUGUACAGGUUGAGGACGCCAGAGGAAGUUCUAGUUUCGACCACAGGUUGGAUUUGUCACGGAGGAGGUUCAGAGUACACACGGUUCACCCACAUGUGUUUGCACUAAAAACGAAGGUGAAAUAUGUGCGUGGUGAUUGAACCCCCCCCCCCCUCUCGCCCGAAUGCUUUCCUGCAAUGCGGAUCGAAUCGCAGCGCCAUGAUUGGCCGUUCUGAACAUGUCUUGUUGCCGGUUCAACAUAUUUUGCAAACAUGAAUAUCGCAGACGGUGUGCAACCUUUUUGAGUUGAGACUGGAAAUGAUGAAUAGAGAUGUGUGAGAAAAGAGGAAAGGAGGGAGAGAGAGAGAGAGAGCUAGAGAGAGAGAGAGCAGGAAAGAGACGUGCCUUUUAUGAGAGCGGAGAGAAAGAGAAAGAGAGAGAGAGAGAGACGAAGGAAAUAGUACUAGAGAAGGUUUGAGUGCUUAGAUGUAUAGUGUGGAGAGUAUAUGUUUUCUGUAUAGUAAUAGUAAUAUACACUCAUUUGCAACUGGUUGCAUUAAAAGUAGGGCUUGAACCAAUGAAAGAUUUCACUUGACGUGAAAAAAAAAAGCUUAUUUAGAAGAACUGUCUGGGCUGUUUUAGCGAGCUCAGGAGUUUUGGGAGGAUUCACGUAUAGAAAAGCAAUAUGUUUUACCUCAACUCAGUAUAAAACUGCUUUAUUGGAGCCAUUCUCUGCAAGGUGCUUGAAACGUUCUGCUAAGCCAUAGCCAGUGUAACUAUUACAACUUUUUUUAGGGUUAUAUUUACUGCAAAAAAUACAACAACUUGUUCCUACCUUUGAUAAAAAUUGACUUUUUGAAAAUAUCUGUUUAUAAUACUGAAUCAUAGUUUAAGUCAAUAAGAUGAUAGGAUAUAGAAAUAUGGCCCAGUAAAUACAAAAACCAGCACAUUGUGUUGUUACCAACAUUCAGGGAAAUGUAAGGCAGAACUAAAUUAAGGAGCCCAUUGCUAUUUUCUGCACAACAGAUACAAAAUGACAUUGGAAUUGCACUAUCAAUUUACAAAUUUGAUGGACUGUUCCACGCCCAUAUAAUCCUGUUGUAAAUGCAAUCGGUUCAGUAACGUUGAACACCAGCUGGUCAAAGUUACUAAAGUAAAAACUGAAACUGCUGCCGGCAGACAGUAGUAUUGAGUUAAGGGAACGGGAACAAUUAAGAACAAGACAUUUUUAACAAAUACAGUCACAGAGAGACACUAACGCAGAGCUGGCUUUGGGUUUUAAUUUGAAUAUUCUGGUUUAAAAGCUGUAUAUCUGGAGUGCAACCCCUCAGCCUAAGCUUAAGUGUCCAUGAGCCCCAUUAAGUACUGAAGUACUUAUUUUAAAUGUUGUAUUAAAAUCAUCAGUGUUUGGUUUGACAUGAUGACAUUUAAUUUUUUAUUUUUUUAAGGGCGGAGCCCAAAUAUGUUGUCACGGUAACUCAUAGCACACACCUGAUUUGCUUUGUCAAGGCAAGACGAUGGUUAGUCUUCCUCUUGGGGAUAUUUGAGUCAGAAUACCGUAGCGAAGGAAAGGAUUUACACUAAUUUAAACUUUGGGUGCGAUUAUGUUCACCUAGCAUGUCUCAUUAUACGUGUUUUUGAAUUCUGUAUUAUUAUUAUUAUUAUUAUUAAUUUGCCUGUAUUUGUUAAAUUGGCCAUCUUGUACCUUGAAUGUACAUGUGAAGCCAUCAUAAACUGUUGUUACUUUUUGUGUGAAUGUGUAGUAUUAUCUUCAUACAAGCUGGCAUGGCCAGAUUGUAUUUCGCCCUUAUUCCUGAGCACUACAUUGUAAAAAAAAAAAAAUCACCUCAUCUCAUGGUUCAAUUCAAUUCAUUACAUUAUUACAAGUAAAUAAAUAUUUUUAAAUAUUGAGAGGUUUUAAGCGGCAAAAGCUGGCCUUUGUCGGCAGUAAAAGACACUGUUUAUCAUAGGAAAGGUAUCGUAAAAAUAUUGUACAGCAAAUCUGCUUAUUGGGAAAUAUGAUUACUGUAUUUAGCAGAAUAAUUAAAUAUACAGACUUACAUGUAA